AUGGCUAUCAGAAAAUCAAACAGACUUCCACAAACAGCUGUGCUGAAGCAAAUUCUCAAGAGGUGCUCAAGCUUGGGGAAGAAACAGCAACACUAUGAUGAACAAGGCCUCCCUUUGGAUGUCCCCAAGGGCCAUUUUGUGGUUUAUGUUGGAGAAAACAGAAGCAGAUACAUUAUCCCAAUCUCCUUCUUGACUCGCCCUGAGUUCCAAAGCUUGCUUCAUCAAGCAGAAGAAGAAUUUGGAUUUGACCACGACAUGGGUCUCACAAUUCCUUGUGAAGAAGUUGCUUUUCAGUCAUUAACAUCCAUGCUCAGGUGA